AUCAGCCUGCGCGGCGGCAGCUCCAGCAGCCGCCACCGCCACCACCGCCACCACCGCCGGGAGCUCGAUGGGCUUCUCUUGCGCGCCGCCCUGUGUCUGGCCGAGUCCAGGGAGCCGCGGCGCCUCGUGCCGGGGAGCCAUCGCUGCAGCCCGAGGCCGGAUCGAGGGUCGGGGGCUGCAGGGGGAGCGACGGCGGCGGCGGCAGCCGAGCCCCACCGGGGGCCUGGGACUGGGGAACUGCCUCCAGCUUCACGAUGCCAGUAUGGACAGAAUAGCUUAUGAUGCUUAUCCCCGCCCACCACUUCCGAGACAUUGAGCGGAAGCCAGAAUACCUCCAGCUGGAGAAGUGCAUCCCACCUCCCCACCCCAGUCCUGUGGGAACCAUGUGGUUUAUCCGCGAUGGCUGUGGCAUCGCCUGUGCCGUUGUCACCUGGUUUCUGGUCCUCUAUGCGGAGUUUGUGGUCCUCUUUGUCAUGCUGAUUCCAUCCCGAGACUACGUGUACAGCAUCAUCAAUGGAAUUAUGUUCAACCUGCUGGCCUUCUUGGCCCUGGCUUCCCACUGCCGGGCCAUGUUGACGGACCCCGGGGCAGUGCCCAAAGGAAAUGCCACUAAAGAAUUCAUCGAGAGUUUACAGCUGAAGCCUGGGCAGGUGGUGUACAAGUGUCCCAAAUGCUGCAGCAUCAAGCCUGACCGAGCCCACCACUGCAGUGUUUGUAAGCGGUGCAUUCGGAAGAUGGACCACCACUGUCCCUGGGUCAAUAACUGUGUUGGCGAGAACAACCAGAAGUACUUCGUCCUGUUUACAAUGUACAUAGCUCUCAUUUCCUUGCAUGCCCUCAUCAUGGUGGGAUUCCACUUCCUGCAUUGCUUUGAAGAGGAUUGGACAAAGUGCAGCUCCUUCUCGCCACCCACCACAGUAAUCCUCCUCAUCCUCCUGUGCUUCGAGGGGCUGCUCUUCCUCAUUUUCACAUCAGUCAUGUUUGGGACCCAGGUGCAUUCCAUCUGCACGGAUGAGACGGGAAUAGAACAAUUGAAAAAGGAAGAGAGAAGAUGGGCUAAAAAAACAAAAUGGAUGAACAUGAAAGCCGUUUUUGGCCACCCCUUUUCUCUAGGCUGGGCCAGCCCCUUUGCCACGCCAGACCAAGGGAAGGCAGACCCGUACCAGUAUGUGGUCUGAAGGACCCCUGACCAGCAUUGCCACUCAGACACAAACCACAUCCCAGCACUACCAUCCAAUCCGUUCUCAUGAACGUUUAAACUGAAAAAGCAAAACAACUACUCUAAAACAUUUUUUUUAAUGUCUCAAGUAAAAUGGCUGAACAUUGCAGAGAAAAAAAAAUGUCCCCAUGUUUUAUUUUUAAAAGAUCAUCCUUUCUAUUUUUUUGGUGACUGAAGCUGCUUUUCUUUUUUCCUUUUAAAAAUCACUUCUCUGAUCUCUGGUUUCCUCUCUGCUGUCUGUCUGGCAUGACUAACGUGGAGGGUGCUGUCUCCAGGCCACGCCCCCUUGUACUAACUGAGUCGUGACUCUUGUGCGUGGAUGGACUGGCCCGGACACCUGUUUGGGACGCAUAGGAGAGCCAGGAGAGCCCAUGACCUCCCACUGCCCAGGAGGCAGUGGCGAGCGCCCAAAUGGGAGUUAAAACCUCACGGAAGAUGGAUGCUUACUCCUUGUGACCUGAGAGAGCCAGGAUCAGGGCUGGAGCCCUUAAAAGGGUCCUUGACACAGUGGCCUCAUCUCCCAUGUGAACACGAUUCGCCUCCUAAUUCACAAAACCAAUUGCCUGCCUUGUACUUUAUGGGCUCUGGGUGUGUAGAAUGACUUAUGGGGUGGGGGAUGGAGAUGAAAGGGGUCUUAUUUGUAUUCUGAAUCACCAGUUAUAUUCCAACUCUGAUUAUUUGGAAGAAUGUGAAGGAAAGAAGUUUUUCCAGUUCAAAAUGCCUUAUACAAUCAAAAGAAGAAGAAAAUGACCCAGCUUCAGGAGAGCUACAUUUCCCUUGUUAACGUUUGCUUCUUCUCUGACCUCCCCACCUCCCUCCCUCUCCUAGCGAGGUGUCGAUUAAGCAGUGUUACUGCCAAGUGAAACAGCCUCAGCUCCACCAUCAACCCCUUCUUCCUCAUUUUGUAAAUCCCUGCAGUGGGUUUACUUUCUGACAUUUUAGACCCAUAAAUGUACACAUACCCAUGUCUUGUCUGUAUUUUAACCUGGGAGACCAUUAUCCUGCGUGGGCUGACCUUGAUGCAAGGGCAACAUUACAGCCAAACAUUUUAAAGUUGAGAGACCCAUCCACUGGAAUCGGCAGACACACCUAAGCCUGCGGCGCUGAAACUGACUAGCUUUUCCAUUUGCACACGUGUGUGGAGUCUCCUUUGAAGGAGGAAGGGCCUGAAGACAGUGGGGGGAGGUGAGGGGACAGGGAGUACGCAUCAAAUGCAGAGGUCGCAAAUCCGACUGCCAUCUCAACAUGGGUUUGUUUUUUUUAAGCGAUCACCACAAACCUUUUUUUAUCUUUUGCUUGGGGUGGGUUUGGGGUGAGGUUUAUUCAGUCAGCCCUGGGUGGGGAGAGACUUCAUCUAGCUAUGUGAUCUUUCAGAAAAGUAAGUGGAACAUGCUGCCUCUUUUCAAUUUUGUCAGUGCUUCCACAUGGAAACAAAACGCAAUAAAAUUUUUCCAAAACCU